ACUAAAGUAAAAAAUCUGUUUUUCUGUACAAGUUAUAUCAUUAAGAAUGUGGAACCGAAGUGUUUCGUCAAUUUAUAUUGUUUUUGUGUUGCUUGUGCUAAUUCAAAAUGGUGAAUUUCGGGCCUACGAAGACGUUGCAGUUAUUGAAACUGCUGCUGCAGCUGUGCUAAACGGUGCAGCAAUCACAGCCCAUCACGAAAAGCGUAGAAAUAAUGCACGCUCGAUGAUUUGCUACUGCGAUGGCAGCUGCCCGAACAAUGUAAGUAACGGCACCUGCGAGACUCGGCCGGGUGGCAGCUGCUUCAGUGCCGUCGAGGAGGUAUACGAUGAGAUAACUGGCACCUACGAGGAGGAGCGCACUUUUGGCUGCAUGCCGCCCGAGGAGAAUGGUGGCCUGUUGAUGUGUAAAGUGGCGGUUGUGCCACACAUUCAUGGCAAGAAUAUUGCCUGCUGCGAAGAUAAAGAUUUCUGCAAUCGUGAGCUGCAGCCCGAAUUCAUGCCGAAGAUGACCACAGCUGCGCCCGAGUUGCCCGUAAGCAGUGAAUCUGUGCACACACUAGCUCUGUUCGCCUCCAUCAUUGUGAGCAUGUCCGUUUUUAUUGUGGUGCUCUUUAUACUUUGUCUGUUCUAUAAGCGCCGCGAGAAGCUGCGCAAACAGCCCGGCCUUAUAAACUCCAUGUGCAACUCGCAAAUCUCACAGCUGGUGGAACAAAGUUCUGGAUCAGGAUCCGGUUUACCGCUGCUGGUGCAGCGUACAAUUGCCAAGCAGAUCCAGAUGGUGCGUCUGGUGGGCAAGGGUCGCUACGGCGAGGUGUGGCUGGCAAAAUGGCGCGACGAGCGUGUUGCCGUGAAGACCUUCUUUACCACUGAGGAAGCAUCCUGGUUUCGUGAAACGGAAAUAUACCAAACGGUCCUUAUGCGACACGAGAAUAUUUUGGGCUUCAUUGCCGCCGAUAUAAAGGGUAACGGAAGCUGGACGCAAAUGCUCUUGAUCACCGACUACCAUGAGAUGGGCAGCCUGCACGACUACUUGUCCACAUCGGUGAUCAAUCCACAGAAACUACAGCUGCUGGCCUUUUCGCUUGCCUCUGGCUUGGCCCAUCUGCACGACGAGAUCUUUGGUACGCCGGGCAAGCCGGCUAUUGCGCACAGGGACGUUAAGAGCAAGAAUAUACUGGUGAAGCGCAACGGACAGUGCGCCAUUGCUGACUUUGGACUAGCCGUUAAAUAUAUCUCGGAGCUGGAUGAGAUACACAUUGCACAGAAUACGCGUGUGGGCACCCGACGCUAUAUGGCACCGGAGGUCCUUAGCCAGACACUCAAUCCGCAACAAUUCGAAGAAUUUAAACGCGCCGACAUGUACUCUGUGGGCCUGGUACUAUGGGAGAUUGCAAGACGUUGCUAUACGCCAAUUUCGGGCACCAAGACGACCACCUGCGAGGACUACGCGUUGCCCUAUCAUGACGUCGUGCCCUCCGAUCCCACCUUUGAUGAUAUGCAUGCCGUUGUGUGCGCCAAGGGCUACCGACCGCCGAUACCGCUGCGCUGGCAGGAGGAUGAUGUGCUUGCCACCGUCUCCAAAAUUAUGCAGGAGUGCUGGCAUCCGAAUCCAACGGUGCGUCUCACCGCGCUGCGUGUUAAGAAAACGCUCGGUCGUCUCGAAGCGGACUGCCUCAUCGAUGUGCCCAUGAAGAUUGUCUAGAUCUUUUGUCUAGCU